UUCCACCAUAACCGAACGCAUUUGACAAAAUGGCAACGUUGGUCGUCGACCCGCCUCCAUCGACGGGCACCACUACCGCUGCACCGGCGCCAUUCCCGCUGGCACCAUCAUCCGCAGCCCCAGGAGCAUCCACAUCAUUGGUACAAACCACUCCAACUCCAACCAAGAAUUCGUCGAAGCCACCGCCGACGACAAGUGCAGCCCCAGGAGCGUCGCCGCCGCCGCAGAGCCAAUCCCAAGGUGGAAUGGAGGCGCCAGUCCUCCCUACCUGCAACAUCUUCACGAUUCCGUCACCCGUUCCUUUAAACUCGUCGACAACCCGAGCCAUCGCAACCUGUGACAAAGCACUGAUGGUGCAAUGUCCUGUUGACGUCGCUGCAUGCCAGUUCAGUCCGUCCGCGAAACCUGCUCAGCAAUGGACCGACGAAUCGCCUUCCACAGUCCACGAAUCCGUCUGCUACAGCGCUAACAACACAACCAACUACAUCCUCAACUGCAUCGCGCUCGUCCCCACCGCUCCGACUGCACUCAUCGCAUCUUUUCCGCCAGAAACGACGACGAAUGAGUCGUCAUCUCCUUCUUCGGCUUCCGUCGGCCCCAUCGUCGGCGGCAUCAUCGCUGGCAGUCUUGUGAUCCUCCUGGGUCUGCUCUUCUUUCGACGCCGCCGCAACAACCCUGCCGCUUCCUCAUCUAAUGAUCAUCGCAGAAGUCCCAUGUAUAGCCCCCCGAUGCCGCCUCGCUCCCAGCCAUCACGUCCACCACCAUCACAGACGGGGUUGGACUACUCCAACGUCCAGCACUUGCACAGGUACUUGGCGACUCAUCCCAAGUUGAAGUCCAUCUGGAUGCAUGACGUGGCAUCGUGUCAUCCAAAGCUCAAAACGGCGCCGCUCAAAGGCGCCGAAAGCAACCACGUCAUAGCCACGGUACUCCGUCGCAAGAUCGUCCUCAAGGGCAUGGCGUACCUGGACGCGACGCCGUCCACCCGCCGCGCGUUCGUGGAAGGACUUGUGGCUGUCCAUGGGAUGUCGCUUUGUCAUAAACACCUCACGACCCUGCAUGGGAUGACUCUGGUGGACACGACCGACGGCGUGCUUCUCUGCGCCGCCACCGACUUCAUGGACCAGGGUUCCAUCGGAUCCCUUCUUCUGAAUCCAAAGACGGCGCUGGAUCGCCGCCAGCUCGCCGCCAUCGCCGUCGCCAUCGCGGAAGCCGUCACGUACCUCCAUGACGAGCACGGGGUUGCCUUCGGCAUUCUCGCCCCGGACAAAGUCCUCGUCGAUGGAUCGCUCGUCAAGUUGAAUGUCCUCACGCUUCUCUACCCGUACUACCACGGCAUUCGCACGACCAACUUGCUCAGCAACGCCGGGUCGUCGCUGCACCUCCAGUUCAUGGCUCCAGAACUCCGGAAAAUACACGGCAAGUUCACGCCCGAGGCAGACGUGUACGCGUUGGCUGUCAUGCUGGGCUUUGUGUUCACCAGAACGUUGCCGUAUGCUGACUUGUAUCAUGACAAGGGACUAGUGCGAGGUGAUCUGCAUCUACUAGAGUACCCCGACACGGCGCCAUACGACUUGGAGCUGGUACCUGACGCGUUAAGACCCACAAUGCGAAGGGCGCUGCAGGUCGACCCCAGUCGCCGACCGACGGCGUCCCAACUUCUGCGGGCUCUGGCAGCCUUGCCGCUGUAAUGGUCAACGAGUUCUGCCUAAGAUACAGGAGCACCGUACAUGUGGCAAGGACGUAUGUAGUAUGGAGCGCAACAUCCGUUACCUGGUGCUGCGCUCUCUCUCGCACGUAUUUGGUUACUUCCUUCCCAUCUACCCCUCGAUUUCGCUUUCCCAAUUGCCACAUUUGAUUCUCUGAACUGUAGUCAGGUUGGCAUACAAAAGUCCACAAUAUGGUGCCCACACAGAAAAUUAAUAUUCAGGGUUUCGAUCAAGUAAACUUGAUUUUUGUAUGGAAAGGAAUAUUAUUUUGACGAUUGUUGUCUAUUUCAAUCCG